GACUGGAUAUUUUUGGACUUCCUCCCGACCCGUAGCUGCGUGGAGCGCGCGGGAGUGGCUCGCGCAUAAAAUCCUGGCUCAGGGCGUCUAGUCGCCAGUCUUGCUUCCUGCUUCGGUAGAGGCGGUUGGCGGAGCCGCGAAGAUGGCGUCGACUAGCAGCCGCUUGGAUGCUCUCCCAAGAGUCACAUGUCCAAAUCAUCCAGAUGCAAUUUUAGUCGAGGACUACAGAGCUGGCGAUAUGAUUUGUCCUGAAUGUGGCCUAGUUGUAGGGGACCGAGUUAUCGAUGUGGGAUCUGAAUGGAGAACUUUCAGCAAUGACAAAGCAACAAAAGACCCAUCUCGAGUUGGAGACUCUCAGAAUCCUCUUCUGAGUGAUGGAGAUUUGUCCACCAUGAUUGGCAAGGGUACAGGAGCUGCAAGUUUUGAUGAGUUUGGCAAUUCUAAGUAUCAGAAUCGGAGAACAAUGAGUAGCUCUGACAGAGCGAUGAUGAAUGCAUUCAAGGAAAUCACAACCAUGGCAGACAGAAUCAACCUCCCUCGCAAUAUAGUUGAUCGAACAAAUAAUUUAUUCAAGCAAGUAUAUGAGCAGAAGAGCCUGAAGGGAAGAGCUAAUGACGCGAUAGCUUCUGCUUGUCUGUACAUUGCCUGUAGACAAGAAGGCGUCCCGAGGACAUUUAAAGAAAUAUGUGCUGUAUCUCGAAUUUCUAAGAAAGAAAUUGGCCGCUGUUUUAAACUGAUUUUGAAAGCUUUGGAAACCAGCGUGGAUCUGAUCACAACUGGGGACUUCAUGUCAAGGUUCUGCUCCAAUCUUUGCCUCCCCAAGCAAGUGCAGAUGGCAGCCACACACAUAGCCCGCAAGGCGGUGGAGCUGGACUUGGUUCCUGGCAGAAGCCCGAUUUCCGUGGCGGCAGCAGCUAUUUACAUGGCUUCCCAAGCAUCAGCUGAGAAGCGGACACAGAAAGAAAUUGGAGAUAUCGCUGGUGUUGCUGAUGUUACAAUCAGACAGUCCUACAGACUGAUCUACCCUCGGGCUCCAGAUCUCUUCCCUCCAGACUUCAACUUUGACACCCCAGUGGACAAAUUACCUCAGCUCUAAGCUGAAACAGCUGUCACGCUCUUAUGUACAUGGGACUUUACUCAUUGCCUAUACAGUGCUGGUUGAGCCUUUACUGAAGAAAAAAGGAGAUGGUACGCAUUCCAGAGCUAAAUAUUAUUGCUUCGCAUUCUGUAUGUAUAUACUUAGCACAACAUAUUUAAUGAUUUAAAUUUCUUACUGAAUCUGCUUUCUUUUUUAGUGAUCUAGGAAACAGUAUUUUGGAAGAUAUUGAAAUAUGUAAUUCUCAAAUAAAACAUUUUUCAAAACUAAAGUUUUUGUUAUAACAUGAAAUUUAUAAUUUAUAAUAUAUAAUUAUAAGUCCUGUAUAUCAUGACAGGAGAGAGCUUUGUUUUCUAUCAUUCUCAUAUUUAGGUUCUUCAAUUUCAAUAGUCAUAGAACUAGCAAAAGCUUGAGAACCAUUGCUAACAUCUAGAGCACACCAUAGUGUGAGUGUGCUGAACCUACACACAUAAGGAGGCUGUGUGAGAAGUGAUGAGCUGGGCCUUGAUAAGCAUGAGCUCAUGUGGUAGUUAAAGCUUGUUUUCACUGAGCUCAGUGAGCAGAAUGGAUGAUGAAGUAACAGCAAACCAACAGAUUUGGAAUGUUAAUAAAUCAUUUCACAGAA